AUGAGCAGUUCGUUUCUACUCUAUUUUGAGUUGCAAAAACUUCAGGCAGAUGUUGCCCACGCAUACCAUGUCCUGCUAGAUCACGGAGUUGCGGCAAAGAACAUUAUUGUAAUGAUGUACGACGACAUUGCCACCAAUGAGGAGAACCCAUAUAAAGGAAAACUCUUCAACAGUCCUAAUGGUCCCGACGUUUACGCUGGAUUGAAAAUCGAUUACAAAGGCGACUCUGUCAUGCCAGAAAACUUUCAAGCCGUCCUCAGAGGAGACAGAGAUGCUGUGAAGGGCGGAAACGGACGUGUGAUCCAAAGAUUUCCAUUCCUUCAGCUUACCGUCAAGCAGCUCCACGACACCUUGAAGGAUAUGCACAAGAAUCACAAGUACAGUCAACUGGUGUUUUAUCUGGGGGCCUGUGAAGGUGGUUCAAUGUUCAGAGGAAUCUUAGAAGACGAUAUUGAUGUGUACGCUGUUACUUCGGCUGAUUAUGAUGAAUUGGGGUUUGCUACAUACUGCGACAACGAUUUAGAUUUGCCAUGUCUCGGAGCUGAGUUCUCUGUGAACUGGAUGGAAGAUUCUGACAGGGUAUGGUUGAGCUUUAUUUUUCUGAAGAUUCGAUGCAUCUCAAGAAAAUCCAAAUUGAUGAUGUGUAAGUGUAAAACAUCAGUUCUUCAGCAGGACAUUACUUUGGAAACGUUGGGCGAGCAGUUCGAGUUGGUGAAAGGACUCACUGUUCUAUCUCAUGUGCGUCGUUACGGUAAUAUGAGCAUAGGUGAUGAACCAGUGGGCUGGUUUCAAGGUUUCCGCAACGACAUGCUGAGAACAGAUAAAAGCAGCAACAAGCUGAGCGAGAGUCGACGCCAAAUCGAAGAAGUCUUCACGAAUUUGGUCCAUAAACUCGUGUUUGGCCAGAAUAUGAGACGCCAAGUACUUGAAGAGAAAAGCAACGUCAUAAUUCUUGACUGUCAUGACGAUGUCGUACGAGCGUUCGAUUCUAUUUGCAUCGAUGUUAACAAGUACGACUAUGCUCUCAAGUACAUGUAUGUGCUAAACAACCUGUGUACAAAAUUCAACGACUCUGCGAAAAUCAUCGAAGCAAUGCGUACAAUCUGCUCAGAAACUCGUGCUCACUCCAUCUGA